GCCGUCGCCCAUCCUCUGUGGACCGUUCGGUACCCUGGAUGGUUACCAUGGAGAACGAACAGCUGCAAGCUCCCCCUCCGAUCAGCACCGCCAGUGCCACGGCCUCCACCACGGCCACCACCACCACCAUCAGCAGCAGCAACGGGCGCCAGGCCGGGCCCCAGGUCUCCGUGUACGGCGGGAUCCCUGACCGACAGACUGUCCAGGUGAUCCAGCAGGCGUUGCACCGGCAGCCCAACACGGCAGCCCAGUACCUGCAGCGGAUGUACGCAGCCCAGCAGCAGCACCUGAUGCUCCAGACGGCCGCCCUGCAGCAGCAGCACAUGGGCAGCCCUCAGCUGCAGAACCUGGCCGCCGUCCAGCAGGCGAGCUUGUCUGCAAACAGGCUGAGCAGCUCUUCCAGCAGCAAUGGACCCACGCAGCCCACGCCGCAGCAGCCCACGAUAAACCUGGCCACGUCCCCCGCGGCUGCCCAGCUCAUCAACCGGGCGCAGAGCGUGAACUCGGCCGCCGCUGCCUCAGGCAUCGCUCAGCAAGCGGUUCUCCUGGGCAACGCAAACAACCCUACUCUGACCGCCAGCCAGGCCCAGAUGUACCUGCGCGCGCAGAUGACUCAGCAGAGCACUCUUAUGCAAGUAGCUAGAAGCCUAGGCCGUGCUGUUCCUUUGUCCCCCCAGCUCAUCUUCACGCCCACGGCCACAGUCGCAGCGGUGCAGGCUGAGGGCGCCCCCACCACCACCACCCCGCCAUCCACCAACUCGGCUCAGGUACAGAACUCCGCUCUCCGCACCCAGCAAGCGGCGCCCCAGGGGCUGAGCACGGGCCCGGGCCAGCAGCUCCCCACCUUGGCCAUGAAGCCUGCCCCGAGCGGCAGCAACCAUUCCUCCUCCUCGUCUUCCUCCUCGUCCUCCUCCUCGCCAGCUUCUCAGGGCAAGGCUGCCGGGCCGGCUCCUGGCGCCAAGGCAGUCGCGGCCGAGCACCCACCGGAGCACCUUCGGAAGGGAGAUGGGGGCAGCGGAGGGGCCAGCAGCGGAGGGGGGGCCGCCAGCAGUUCCGAUGGGCGGGGCGGUGGUCCCAGCCGGACGGGGACGCCCGUCACGACGCACCCGCUGAUCGCCCCAGCCUACUCCCAGCCGCAGACGCACCAGCUCGUGCAGCAGCAGAAGCAGAUGCAGCACCAGUUCGUGAUCCAGCCGCAGCUGCAGCCCCGGCCCCUGCAGCUGCAGCCCGUCCCGGGGCCCACUCCGAGCCUCGGCACCCUCCCCGGCCUGCCGGCCCAGAGCCACCUGCCCAGCCAGGGCCACGCGGCCCACCUGCCGCCCUGCCGGGCCCCCACGCAGCACAAGCCGGGCGCCAGCCAGCCCGCCCCGCACGCCGCACACCCCGUGGGGCCCCUGGCGCUGGGCGCCCCCAGGCCCGAGGGCAGCCCGCCCGGCCGCUCCGUGGGCUGCUCCAGCCACGCUGCUCCGCGCAAGUUCCAGCACACGUCGGCCGUCAUCCUGCAGCUGCAGCCCUCGGCGGGGACGCCGCCCCUCGGCACCCAGGAGAACGCCAAGAAAGAUUCCUUCCCCGCCGAGAAGCCCCAGGUGGAGUCCCGGGCACCGCAGCCACUCCUCCCGCCCCAGGCCGCCUCGGCAGUGACAACGCCAGCCCCUCCAGAGCCCGAGGCCUCUGAACCCGCUGAGACCUCACCCCGAGAGGCAGGCCAGGACCGGGUUCGCUCGCCGCCGGAGACCAGCAGCCCCGGCAUGACCUCGGGGAACGGGAGCUCUGCCUCCACCAUCGCCGGGACCGCCCCCCAGAACGGCGAGAACAAGCUGCCGCAGGCCAUCGUCAAGCCGCAGAUCCUGACCCACGUCAUCGAGGGCUUCGUGAUCCAGGAGGGGGCUGAGCCGUUCCCGGUGGGGCGCUCUUCGCUGCUUGUGGGGAGCUUGAAGAAGAAGUAUGCGCAAGGCCUCCUGGCCAACAAGCCCCAGCAGCAGGACAACACGACCACCACCGACUCCGAGAUGGAGGACCCUUACUUGCAAGAAUCCAAAGAUGAGGGGUCGCCCCCAAAGCUGAAGUGUGAACUCUGCGGUCGCCUCGACUUUGCCUACAAGUUCAAGCGGUCAAAACGCUUUUGCUCCAUGGCGUGUGCUAAGAGAUACAAUGUGGGGUGCACAAAACGCGUGGGCCUCUUUCACCCCGACCGCAGCAAACUCCAGAAACCGAGCGCGCCUUCGCAUGGCCGGCGCCGAACCUGCAAGACGACCCUUCCCUCGCUUAGUAAAGAAAGCAAGAAGCAGGCGCCGGUUUCACUGCCACCCGGCGCAGGGCCCAUUUCGGUCAGCGGGUCGCUGCAGCUCGCCCACGCACAGGAGGACUCGAGCCGCUGCUCGGACAACUCCAGCUACGAGGAGCCCCUCUCGCCGCUCUCGGCCAGCUCGUCCGCCUCCCGGCGGCGCCAGGGCGAUCGGGACAUGGAGCUGCCCGACGUCCACGUCCGGGACCUGGUGGGCAUCGGCCACCACUUCCUCCCCAGCGAGCCCACCAAGUGGAACGUGGAAGACGUCUACGAGUUCAUCCGCUCCUUGCCUGGCUGCCAGGAGAUCGCGGAGGAGUUCCGGGCGCAGGAGAUCGACGGGCAGGCGCUGCUGCUGCUCAAGGAGGACCACCUGAUGAGCGCCAUGAACAUCAAGCUGGGCCCCGCACUCAAAAUCUACGCACGCAUCUGUAUGCUGAAGGACACCUAGAGGCCUCCCGGCGGGACGCAUUCUCCGGGGGGGGGGGGGCGCAGGACGGACUCACAUGCUUCCAGCAGCCCCUCCCCAAGACCACGACGUCAUUGAGCACAAGGCCCCCGCCAAAGGAAGGGGCGAAGAGACGGAGCCCACCCGCUUGGGGCUUGGCUGGCCGGGCGGCCCGCUUGCAAGGCUGUACAUAACCUGUAGCAUUAGCGUCCCUUUCCGCCCACCCCAGUGGAGCCACCUCGGUGGGGGGCGACCUGGCGGGGCGGGAGAGCGGUGGGGGGCUGUCCUCCCCCUCACACUGGCCCUCCUCCUCCCUGAGGCCCCAGCCCCCUCUUGGAUCGGACAGACCUACUUGAAACCUCAAAGCCAAACAGGAUCGUUGCCUUAACUCAACUCCUUGUGUCGGCGUGCCUGUGCGUGCGUGCGCGCGCGCGCUUGUGGCGCCACUUAGUGCCCUGCUCCUUUCCCCCAUUGCAGCUUUUCUGAGUUUGCAGCUUCCGCAGCCGUGGGGGGAGAGGCGGGCGCCCUUCCUCGGACUGGCCGGCUCUUCGCACGUGGAUGACCCCCUCUCCAAAAAUCUGGUGCGGGGCCCACAGCGCUGGAGGCCGGGGGCCCGCGCAAGGCCAGUGCCCCCCCCCCCCCCGGUCUGGCUUGGCGUCUGAAGGGGAGGCAGCCAGGCCUCAGACCCCGGGCCAGUCUGCAACUGCCUUAACGCCCCCUCGAUGCCUGCCGCAAGCGAGCACCCUCGGCCCCGCUCCACAGCAAGGCAGGGCAGGAGGGCCUGGCCCCCGCCCUCGAAGAUGGGGCUGGCCUCAGACAUGUCGGGAGUGGGGGGCUCUCCUGGGAGGGUUGGCGGAGGGGGGAGGGCGCAGGCGGGAGUUCAGCUGCGCUGCUUCUCCCCCACCGCGGUUUUUGUGCGCAGUCCUCUCUCAACCGCCAUCGUGCUGGCCACUCACCGCAGACUUCCAGGCUGCAGCAAAAGGACUUUCUACGGUUUCCCUGCAAACCUCGUUUUUAAUAAAUUUCCUUUAAAACGAA